CAGGUGCAGUGCCACCUAUGGUGUACUUUUACUAAUACUGCUCUUUUGUUUCCACGGUUCCGAAGUGAGUCUUUAAACCAGCUACUGGAAAUCCUUACACACGAAGAUGGGUAGGGAAGACAGGUCUGCGUGGAAAGCAAGCUAUUUCCUAAAAAUUAUUCAACUUUUGGAUGAAUAUCCAAAAUGUUUCAUUGUGGGAGCAGACAAUGUCGGCUCCAAGCAAAUGCAGAACAUCCGCAUUUCCCUUCGAGGAACAGGAGUGGUUCUCAUGGGGAAAAACACCAUGAUGCGUAAGGCUAUUCGCGGUCACAUGGAAAACAACCCGCACUUGGAGAAGCUGCUUCCUCACAUCAAGGGAAAUGUUGGUUUUGUGUUCACCAAGGAAGAUCUGGUGGAGGUCCGAGACAAAAUCCUGACCAAUAAGGUGGCAGCACCAGCAAAGGCUGGAGUGCUUGCACCGAUAGAUGUAUCGGUUCCACCACAGGGAACAGGUCUUGGUCCUGAGAAGACUUCGUUCUUCCAGGCUCUGGCCAUUCCAACCAAAAUCACCAGGGGUACCAUUGAAAUCUUGAGCGAUGUUCACCUGAUCAAGAAAGAUAGCAAGGUCGGUGCAUCUGAAGCAACUCUGCUUACUAUGUUGGGAAUCAUGCCCUUCCACUACGGGCUACACAUCAAGCAAGUGUACGACUCUGGUACCGUCUUUGAGCCGGAAAUACUUGACAUCACACCAGAAGACUUGCGUGUUCGUUUCCUGUCGGGAGUGCUGAACGUUGCAUCAGUGUCUUUGCAAAUUGGCUACCCUACGCUGGCGUCUGUCCCCCAUUCUAUCGCCAACGGUUUCAAGAAUCUGCUGGCUGUUGCUGUCGCAACAGAUGUCAACUUUGCAGAGGCAACAAUGAUAAAGGAACUGCUCAGCGACCCGUCCAAGUUGGCUGCGUUCGCUGCUGCUGCCGCACCAGCAGCCGCUGCAGGUGGCACCACUGCUGCCGCCGAAGAGGCAAAGGAAGCGCCGGCGGCGGAGUCUGAGGAGUCUGACGAUGACAUGGGAUUCGGUCUGUUUGACUAAUACUAGAUCGUCUAAUAAAUGAACAAUCUGUGAAUGAAAAA